AUGGAAUCUGCUAUGAUAAGAAUUCAUAGUUCUCCAUUAUUAUUGCGCCUGUCCAAUAAUGGUGCCAAAGGUUCUACAUAUGCAAGAUCAAGCAUAUUAUUUUUCCAUAAUAAUAAUAAUAACAUACUCAAUAACCAUAACCAAACCUCUCUUUGUGCCUCUGAAUUUGCAAGACUCCUCCACCCUGUUUUUACAACAAGAUCAUCAUCGUUUUGCCAUCCGAAUUGCGUGCCGGAAAGAUCAUCGAGCGGCUCGCCGGAGCCUCCGAGUAACAGCGGCAACAAGGGAAGAGUGGUGAUGAGAGGAAUGAGUGGAGUAUGUGUUGUUCUGGCUUGCGUUCUUGGAUUGUUGAAUUUGAAGAGCAAUAUGAAUCCCAUGUUCAAAGAAGCAUAUGCUGCAAACCCUUUUGGAGGAGUUCCAGCGGGAGCAGGAAAGAUGGCAGUUGCGGCAUUGUUUGAAACAACCAUCAAAGCAAAAAGAACAACAAAAAAACCAGCACUGUCUCCUGGACUAGUUGAUGUUAAACAGCACAAGUGGUAUGCUGUUAGUCAAAGCAUAGAUGGGAAUAAAAAUGCAGAGAAAAUACUAGAAAAACUUAAUAUCAAAGGUGAUGAUCAAGAAUUUGAUGUGCAAAUGGCGACGGUUGAACUUCUCAUAUUACAGGAGAAGUUUGCAAAAGCAAAAGAUAUUCUCGAAAUAGUAAUUAAAAAAGAAUUUGGAAGCAAUCAGGAUGGGAAGGGGAUUAUUGAGAAGCUCAACAACGAGGGACCAUUAAUUAACAAAAAUCAUGCAGCUCAAUUGAUAUUGUACAAGGCCAUCGUACUAACCAUGCUGAAUCAAAAUGAAGAAGCAGCGAAAUGGUGGAAAUAUUUUGGAGACAUACUAUCGCUAGACAUGAGUUUUAACUAA